CCUACAACAUCGAUACGCUUAUUAUCGAUAGCUGCACACUACAAUCGCAUGCGGUUGCUUUUAGUAAAAAUAUAAAUAGUUAUUUAAUACAGUUUUGCGUACAAAAAAUGUUUCGACGUUUAUCCCUAAUUGGCAUUCAAAAUGUUAAGAUUCAAUUUAACCAAUGUGACAUACGCGGCAUGGCCGGCCAUUCAAAAUGGGCGAAUAUAAAACAUAUAAAGGCCCAAAAAGACGGACAGCGAGCAGCGUUGUUCACAAAGAUCUCCAGGCAAAUUCGUUUAGCAGUUCAAGAGGGCAAAUCGGCGGAUCCGGCUGUUAACUCUCUACUGCGGUCGGAAAUAGAUCAUGCUCUAAAGAAAAACAUGCCUAUUGGAACCAUACAAAACACGAUCAAAAAGUGCCAGGGUAACAAGGCGCAGUUGAGGAAACAUCGACUGGAUAUACGAUUCAAGAGAAACGUAUACUUAAUAUGCAGCAUUUAUACCGACAAUAUUGCCCAAGUUAAGAUGGACUCAACGGCAAUGAUCAAGAAAUCUGGCGGUGUUCUCGUUGAUGUUGGUCAUAUGUUUGAAGAUUUUGGGCUAAUUGAGACAAGAUAUGAUAGUUCAACCGCCGAAAACUUGGAGGAAAAGGCCACUGAGGACGCUAUUCAAUUUGGCGCAGAAGAAGUUGAAGUUGUUGAUGCCAAGUCUGGAUUAGUUAAUUUCAUCUGUACUCCAGCUCAUCUAACUGGACUCAGCAAAACGUUGUCUCAGAAUGGUUAUUCUAUUGAAAAUAGCGAACAUAUGUUUACACCAAAUAACCUCAUACAAUUGGCAGUGGAUGAUCAAAAGGCGUAUGAUGUAUUCCUGCAAAAGCUAAGAGAUGUGCCGGGCAUGGAGGAUAUAUACGACAAUGUGGAGUAAUGAUUGAUGGCUAAAUUCAAAUACAUUGUUGUUUAUUGUACAUUCAUAAUUGCUAUAAUUCAAAUUACAUGUGUUGAGAAGUGAUGAUGCCUGUAUAAUAAAUUUUAAAACUA